AAGAACUGCUGGUUCAGAAGCUCCUGGGCAGCCCUUGAGCUUCAGAAAGUCUGUCACCUGCCCCUGCCAGGACAGUCCAGCAUUUACUUGUUUUUCCUGCAGAGCAUGUGCAAACUGUUAAGGGAAUAGAGUCCCAAGUGCAGUAGAGAUAAUGAGGUCAAGUAUGCGGGUGCUUUUCGGAACCCACCCCCCCCACACACACCUGCCCUGUUCUUUCCUUUCUUUGCCUCCCCCUUGCUAUAUUCCACAUAUGUUGGUGGGGACAGCAGAGCCCUGAGAGACUCUACUUUAUAUGGACUUAAGUGACUUUCAUCAUUUAGGAGGCUGGAAUAUGCUCCUUUUCACAAGAGUAAUUUGAUGGAGAAAUUAUUUUAACUGUCCCUGGGUUUCAGCCCAGGGCUGCAAACUUGAAUAGGAAAAUGCAUCUUGGCAGUUUCCUGGAGCUCAAGGGAGCCCCUCAUCUUCUAUUAAGUUGACACACUUUGUUUGAUUAAUGCAGGUAUGACAUUAGUGAUGGUUUCACAGUGCUUCUCCCAACCUCUUCUGUCCAUCGCCCCCACUACACCUCUGUCCUCCCCACUAGCUAGACUGACGUUCCUCCCUGCACACUAGAGUUUGCUGUCCUCGCUGGCAGUUCUGUAUAGGGAGAGUGGGGCUGGGCCCACUUCUGACAAGCCUGGGCUUUGUGGGGUUCUCUGGAUAUUCUAGCACUUGGGGAGCAGCCCACAGUCUCACAUAGAGGAUUCCAGUUGGCUUCCAGGAGGCCAGGCAAGGCUGCCCCCUCCUGGGAACAUGUAUGGGCUUCAUAGAAGUUUUCAAGUCUCUCAUGGUUUGAGAAGCAAGAAAAACUUCAUUCUCUUCAACAUAUCAAAUGUAAAAUAAUUCUUGUUCCCAUUUCUAAGUAGACACCCUAGGACCUGCUCAAAAAAAUCCCUCUCUUGACCAAAUCAUGUUACUCUGAAAAUCCAGGUUCUGAAUGAAUCUUAAACCAAAUUAUCUCGAAAUGCAAGCUUAGUGUGCUCCAACUUGAUAGCUUGGCGAUUAUUUGCUUUUCCAAAAAGAGAGAAAAAAAGGAGAAUGGGUGUAUGUGUGUGUGUGUGUGUGUGUGUGUGUGUGUUUGUAUGCAUGUGUGUAUAGAUACAUAUGUGUAUGUGUGUGUGUCUUUUGGGAACUUUUGUGCUUUCAUUACACCAUGAUUAAAAUGUGAAGGUGUGUGGAAGCAACAUUGGGCUCUCCAAAAACCUGGGAUCCCAGUCUGGUCUGUAGCCUUGGGUCAUUUAUUUAAGCUUCAGAAAAUUUCCCCAUCCUAGACAAGGCAUGAGGCCAAAUGAACAGUAGGUCUUACCUCAGGACCCAGAUGUAUUCUUUAAUUAGUUCCUGAUAAGUUUCCUCAUGAGAUUGUUAGGACUGAACAUUUCAGAAGCAAGCACAAAAGAUAACUUUAUUUUUUUAGGGAGGUUUGUAUUUUAACCCCUGAAGUAACCUUAUAGUUUAUUUUUCCUUGUCUGAUUACAAUCUCCCAACUUGCUGACAGUUCACCUUUGAAAUGAGUCAGCUUUGAUCAGGGAUGUGGCAGCCAGACAGGUCAUUUUUACUGUCUGUGACUUAGUCCAACCAGUUUGGCAACAGCAGGACCCCAUCCCAAUUUAGGGAAUGGAAAACGGUAGUCAGUCUGUGGUGGUGCGGCCUGCCCCCUGCCUGUGGGCAGCAGAUUGCCCCUCUCCUCUUUGCACUGACUGACUGGGUCUCCCCAAAGGCAGAGUCCUUUGCCAGCCCUUUGCUGUCCUCCUUGGGCACCUCUCCCUUUGCUGUGUCCUCUCCAAGCCCAGCAUUGCUUCAGAUUGCUAAAUGAUACAAAGUGUGUCCUCACUGCCUCCCACUUUCCUUUUCCUCUUCCCUCUCUGAGGCUUACGUCUGCCUGGAUCUUUUUCUUUUCAUUAGAGCAAGGCAGUUUCGGCCUCCACCUGAAAGUGGAAGUAUAGGGUCAGGCACAUGGACCUCCUAGCCCUGAGGAUCAUGAGCCAGGCUAACACCACUGGGGACUACUUUCGGAGGAUGUGGCUGAGCUGGAAUCUGCCCCCAUCUUCUGGAGGCACAGUGACAAAGAAGGGCAGUCUCUGGCUGAAUCUGAGUUCAAAUCCCGGCACUAUCACUUACUAGCUCUGUAACCUUGGGCAAGUUAUGUCACCUGUGAGCUCCUAUUUUUUCAAAAUGUGAAAUUAAGAGGACAAUAGUCUUGAACUCCCAGGGUUGUUGUGAGGAUUCAGUGAUAAGUGCAUAUAAAGCAUGUAGUAUGGUGUAUGCCACAUAGUGUGUGCUUAAUAAGACCUAAAAUCAUUGCUUUUAUUUUAAUAAUUAUCAUUGCCGACCUUAUCCAUCAUCACCCUUGUCCGGAGGAGAAUAGCCAGGGUGGUGAGAGAACUAAAGCUUUGUUCUAUGAAGAGUAUUUAUAGGAAUUUGAAACUCUUUUAUGAUAUUAUGACUCAUGAAAGAGACACUAUGCCACCUUUUAUCUCCGAAGGGCUAGAAGGAUUAAUCACUGGGGUUCUUCACCAAACUGGGACCAAAAUUCAAUUCAGUGGGAGGAAGAGUUUUCUGAGAUUAGUGCCAAAUGGCUCUCAUAGGAGGUCAGAAGGUCUUUACCCCUGGCAGUUUAGGGAAACUUGGCAUGGAGCUUGUGCAAGGGAUUCAUGCAUCAAGGAGGAGUGGGAUUGGGCUAGAGAGCUUGGCUGGCCUCUUCCAUUCCCAGAAUUCUCUGAUUCUGGGUUCCAGGAGGGCCUGUGCUCUUUUUUCUAAAGAAAGACUACCCAGAGGAAUACGCCACACUGUAUAGCAACUUUAUGUGAUUGCUGAGGCCUCCCCAGCCACCUGUGAUCUGUGAACUGGCCUCUUGUUCUUGCAUCUUUUAAAUAAGUUAAUGUCCAUGCUCUUAAUUUUGGUUUUGGAUGAGUUAUUAUUUCUAGAUACUUAAAGCAAUUAGGCCUUAUAGUGCCAGUAUUGGUUAAGAAUAGUACAUCACCAAGACAGGAGAAUCACUUAAGGCCAGGAGUUUGAGGCUGCAGUGAGCUAUGCUCAUGCCACCAUACUCCAGCCUGGGUGACAGAGUGAGACCCUGUCUCUCAAAAAAAAAAAAAAAAAAAAAAAAUUACACCAAUGUUUUUUCAUCCUGGAGAAUGGUUUUGUGGGGAUGAGAGAGUCGAUGGGGACAGGCAAUUUGCAGGACCUCUGCUCUCCCACACAAAUCAGCCUUCUAGGAAAGCCUCAGAUGCACAAAUUUAGAAUGUAUUUUCUUUCCUAAGAAGCCAUUAACCCUAACUAGGAAAAACAGACAGAGGGGAGCAGCUGCUUCCUCUCUGUUAUAAACAGCCAUUUUGAUCACAGAGAAGGCCUCCUUUCCAUUCCUUUCCAGGUUUGUCAUGUGCUUGCACAGAGACGGUUGUGUGUUCCAGGCAGGGGUUUAUUUUUACCAGCAAUACAGAUGUUUCUGCUCUUGUGCAAAAUUUCAUUAAAGUUCAACCAGUGGUUUGCUGUGGGAGGAGGCUGCCAAGGUUAAUAUUUCUGCGAUGUAUUCCCUUCUGUUCCUUCUUGGCACCAAAAUAUUCCCAGGUGGGCAGGUUGUGCUGGUGCUGUAUAUCAAAACUAAACAACAGAAUCACCAGUGCAUCUGUUGAACUCAGGUGGAGUCUCUGAUCACACAGAGCGCAUCAGCUUUGUCUUGAAAAUGCAGGCAGGGAGAUACUCCCUCUGGUGAGUAUCUGCUCACCCUUUAAUGCCCUUUAGCAGAGAACGCCUCACACUGCAGAGGUUACCUUGGGGGCCAAGAAAGCAUUUGGCAGCAUGAAAUGCUACAUCCUUCCACUUUCCCACUGAAAUGGUGGGAGCAGAGCUUCAGAUAUGUGUUCAAAUCCUGUCUGUGGCUUAGGCAAGUUACUUACCUCUGUAGAGUGUCAGUGUCUUCAUCUGCAAAAUGGAAUUAGUCAUCCCUGCCUCAAAGGAUAUUGUGAGGCUUCAUUGAGGUGCUGCAUAUAAUUAAUUGAGAUAGAGCAGAAUGCCCUGGGGCAGGGAAGAUGCUUGUGAGAGGAAACUGUUAAAUGAGCACUUGGGGGAUUCCCCCAAUGGUAGAGGAUAAUGUAUAGUCCAGGGAAGCCCCUCAUUCUUCUCCCUGCUUUUGCAAUGGAAAAAUUCUGCAUGCAGCAGAACCAGUUCUUCUACCUGAGAGCUUGAAAAAGGCAAGUUAAAAGUAAUAGCAAUCUGACUUGUUUGACAUGUGUUUCCUCUGCCUCGCCCCAUCAGUGGCUUAUCGAAUUGGAAAGUGGUCAAACAAACAUGGCCCUUGUCUAGGAACAAUUGGCAAGGGUAGGGUAGAGCUUGAAAGGGGUGUGGCUAGGAUUAAAGGUGAGACAAAAGUGAUACGGUAUAAGGCGAUCUGUGGCCAAUUUGCUUAAUGACUUUUACUACUUACUUUCUGAAUCCAGGUCUACUCAUUAGGUCAGUGAGAAGAGCCAGACCUCAUGCACUAAAGAGAGCGGGUGUGUGUGUAUGUGUGUGUGUCCUUCAGGUCUCUGCAGAUUUGUAGGGUCAUCUGGUUAAAAAUAGAUAAUGUUCAUACUCGUUUUAUAAGUCUCCAUUGAAGAAGGGAAUAUGGACAAAAUUAUUCAUUUUCAAUUACAACGUCACCAAACGUAUGUCUAGUUAUUUAGGAUUAUUUUAAUCAGUACUCUUUGUAAGCUAUCCCUCUCACAUACCUCAGUGCAGUGGCAAUUACAGUUCCCAACCCCAAGUCUUGCAAGGUAUCUAAGUGCUGAAUGAAUCAUCAACAAGAGACAGUCUUUUUUAGUCCAUUUGAAAUGCAGGGUGGAUCUUAUUUUAAUCUUGAGAAGGUCAGUUAUCAGUGGUUGAAUCUGUGGAUGGUCUUGUGGGAGGAGCAUUCUGUUAAUCAGCAUAUUGUGAUAACCAGGACAUUCCAUCUCCUGGCUGUGUUGAAUGACAAUGACAUAGUGGAUAAUGUGUUCCCUUGGUGGUUUCUUUGUAAUCCAUCAAAUCUGUCCAAUCUUCUGUCUGUCCUUCCAUCCAUCUAUUUAUCCAUCCAUCCAUCUGAGAAACAUUUAUUGGCACUUGAGUUGACAUGAAACUUACAAGGGGAUAUGGAGAUAAUGAUCAUAGAUCCUGCUGUUAGAGAAUUUAACAUGUGAAAUAGGGGAUAAGACAUGUAAGAAACUGGAUGAAAAAGCCAAGGAAAACUUAGGGGUGAAGAGUGGCAUUCUAACCCAGUGCUUUUGAGAAACCCGUAGGAUCCCAGUUUAUGAAGACUGUGCAUUCCCACUGCAGGAGUAAAGGCCCAGAGGCUGGAAAGAGGUGGGUCUUUAUGAGGAAUCACCAGUAGUUGAAUUGGGCUGAAGUGAAAGGGAGGAGUGGGAAAUCAGGGCACCUGCUUAAGUGGCAGUUCUUGAAAGUCAAGUUAAGGAAGUAGGACUUGGUUCUGUAGGUGCUUGGGAGUGGUUUCUUGGCAGGGGUGGCCAAAGGAAGACUUUCUGGCCCUCAUUUGAAUCUGGAUGCAUGCUGACAGAUUCUGACAGGUCUUCCAAUUUUUAAAGAUUAAGUGUCAGCUGAGAGAUGAGGCAGUCUUAAUGAUGGGUGAUGGCUGAUUCAGCAAAGCCAGGCAUAUGUAGCACCACUUACAUUUUCUUCUCUCAUGGCUUCUUUCUUUUCAGACCUCUUCUUAUUUUUAGUUUUUGUCACUUUUAUUAACAGUUUCUCCACUGUCACAGGCAUUCCUCUAAGACCUACUCUCCAGCCUCACCUCUCAGUCCUCUAGGAAUGAGAAUUUUGAGAUGGGGUUUGGCGUCCAUGGCUUCUUCUAUCUUUGGAAUCUGUCCCUUGGCUAUAAAUAAGGCUGUUGCUUAGUGCCAGUAUUGAUGGUAUUUGCAGCUGUCCUCUGGGAGAUGGACUCAGACGAAUAACCCAUUUUCUAGAGGACAUGGCCAUUAGGUGACAGCUAUUUAUGGUUCCUAUUGACUAGGGCCAAACCUGAACUGUCACUGACAUUAAAAUUUCAUGAGCUGUGAGCUGCCUUUCCUUAUCAGGCUGUCUCUUUCCAUUUAUUUGAAAUAUCUAACCAUGUUUAUCUAGGUUCUUCAAAAGAUAAUCUUGAGGAACGCUUGUGUUGUGGCUGCUGGGACUUUACCAAACGUACUUCUCAUCCCCGCAACAUCCUUCCAAACCAGAGCAUUCACAUCUCCAUUUCACAGAAGAGAACACUGAGGGUCAAAAGGUUAAACUGCUAUCCCAGAGUCACCAGGUCAGUUCAUAAGUGACAGAGCCAGAAUUCAAACCGACUUCUGCCUAGAAUCAAAGCCUGGAUAAUUUCCAUGAAACCAUGCGUGUCUGAUUUCUGAACCUGGAAUUUCACUACAGAGGUUUUUAUUUAUUUAUUUUGUCCCCUGAUAGCUCAGUCACUUGGAGUUAAGUAGUUGAUUGAACAUGCAAUUUUUAAAGCUCAUUCAUGCUGAAUUUGCUUUAGUGUGGUAGCCAGUGUUCCAUCUUUAUAGAGUUUCUUUCCCACACUCUUAUAUGAAAAUAAACAAGGCCCUAAAAUGUCAGGCAAGAUUCCUUCUGGCUUUGUAACCUAAUGUAUUUUAUAGAUGGUUGAAUUCUCCAGUGAACAUUUCAUUGGAAAAUAUUCCUUUCCUGACUUCUGUUUCUCCAUCAAAGGGAUAUUACAUUGUAAGUGAUAACUAUUUCUUAGUGGCCUUGACAUUGCAGUUCUGUGUAGGAAAUUAUCCUGCAUCAGUCACUUCUGUUGUCAUCAGAUUCCUUUCAUCUCAAGUACCUGCAUUUCUUCAACUUAAAAUUUGGAACAUGAUCAGGCCUGGGGCCAGGGAGAUGGAACCUCUUGAUCUCUCAUAUCAGUGUUGAUUCUUAGAAAGAAGAAGGUAUGAUGAUUGAUAACCUGGUCUUUGAAAGCAGAAAACCUUGGUCGAAUGUCAGCUUUGCUUCUUGUUAACUACUAGACCUUGGCCAGAUCGUGUCUCUGAAUUUCAGUUGUUUUAUUUUUAAAGUGGAGAUUCAUUUCUAAAGAGGGGAUGGAGAAUUUCUUUUGGUAAUCUCAUAGAGGCUUUGUAUGCUGAUGCUUUGGUGAAUUAGAAAAAGCAAUGCUAGAGACCCUCCUUUUUGGGGAACACUUAAGCCUCGCUGUCCCACUCACCAUAUAAUAGAUUUUCUAAAUAUUAAGAAGAAACUUGGGUGUCAGUGAAAUGCCCCUGUUUCCUCUUUCGGAGAUAAUUAUCUAUAUAUCUCUAUGUAGAGUGUGAUAUGAUAGCUAACCCUGCCUGGGCAUCAGAAUCCUCUUGAGACCCUUGAAGAGAAAAGAAAAAUGGGCAUCCAAACCUACUGACUCGCACACUUCAAAUAUGAGGCCCAGGCAUCUGUGUUUCUUAAAAGCUCCCCCAGGGACUCUGAUGCACAGCUAGAAUUGAGACUAGUCAUGUAACCAGCAUAUGGGGCAAAUGUGAUGUGUGCAUUGCGGACAAAGCCCAUGGAGUUUUCCUGCCAUGGGGGUAAAUGCGUUAGCAACCCAUGGCCUUUCUGUUCAUUCAUAGAAAGUCCCAUGGUCAUGAUAAUUUGCAAAGAUAGUUUCACAUGACAAAUUAGAAUAUCCCUUCCACAAUACAAACCAAAGCUCCAAACUGGAAUUCUGGUCAGAACCCUGAAGCAGGAGAGUGAAAACAGCCGGCCUCCUCCACCCUCACCUUCCUGCUCCACCCCCAGGGAGCUACACAGAAGACAAAGAUGCUUAUUUAGAUGCUGCCUUCUUGAGCUGGUUUCCUGUUCUGCUAAAAGCUGGGCCUUUCUUUUUUGGGGCACAUUUAGGGUCCCUUUUUAGAACCCAAAAUGCACCUAUGUGCACACUCUCUCCAAAGAGACAUUUGAAUUCCUUGCCCCAAUGGUAGGGGCUGCAGGCCAAUCCCAGCCUGGAACCAUCCCUUGGUGCUACCACUGAACCAUCAGCCAUGCUCUUCUCUCUCCCUCUAGAUUCUCAGGGCAGGAGUCAGGCCCCAGGCCACAGCAUCCCUAACUGCAGGGAUAUCCACUGCAGGCUCCCCAGUGACCCCACUGAAGUUCUCACCCACCCACUAGGUUUGAUUGGGUGAGCAAAGGAUGUGCUCAUAGCAGUGUUCUCCAAUGAUAACCUCCUCUCAAAAAAUUCUCUCUCUACACGUUCACCUGUUUUUCUAUCCUCCGUCUGAUACAGCAGGAAAAGUCGUGAAACUGACUCUUUGAUAUUCCUUGAAAUUCUGCAUUUUGCAUAUUUGUCCUGUGCUUGCUUACUUUGGUAACCACUAACUGUGGUAUUGGUGCCUCAGCUUAAGCCAACUUAGGAGUGGCCACUCUGUCAUGCUGAAUUACCUUCAUAGUGGCAGGUGGCUGUCAGGUGAGAUGAGCUUGGUAUUGAGACCUGGCUAUGAGUCCUUAAGCAAGUGUUUUAACCUCUCUUAAAAACAGGACUAGUCACAGAAACUAAGUCUAAGAUUGUGAGGAUUAAAUGUGGCAAACACAUAUAAAGGGAUUAGUGUGUGGCACGUAGGAAGUGCUCAGUGGUACCCAUUAUCCAGCCUCAGUUCCACUAAAACUCCAGCCAUCUUAGCUGCCCUCUUUAAAACUUCAUUCACUGAGGGGCACCAGCUGGAGAGGGGUUGCAUCACCACUCCAUGGGGGAACACUCCUCUAGCUCAGUCAGCUCCUGACUAGGAGCUGUCAGAAGCCACCAAGGAAAGGUCCCAUUGAGAACUGAGCACUAAAGCGGGGUCACAAGAGCUAACUGAAUUAAGCAAGUUAUCAGGCAGUAGAAAAUGCAGUUAGAUUUGCAUCCAUGAAGCAGAUGGUCUGCACAAAAUGAUUAAAUUAGUUUUAUUAAGUUUGGAGGAAUUAAUUUGUCACUUUAUUAUUUUUUCUUUUAUUUAUUAAAAAAAAGAAGAGAUGUGAGUUUGUUAUCUCUGGCAAAAGAGAUUUAUAGCAAGUUUAUCCGCUAGUGGAAAACAAGAGUUAUGGUAGGACCUUAAAAAACAAUUGUCUUUUUAUUGUCUAUUAAUAGUUGGUACAAUUAUGUAGAAUGUGGCCCAGAGAAUAGAAAUGCUGCCACCUAUUGCUGGUAAAACCUGGCUUAUGUUUCCAAUCAUAUGGGGGAUAUUUUUUUCCCCUUAGAAAUAAAUCUUCACUUCAUGGGUUAUUGAGUAUUUAAUUCAUUUUGGAGACAUUUUUAUGCUACUGGUGUUCUUAGGAUCUGAUGUUUUCUAGUUUAUUGAUUAUUAAUUACAAUGUCUUACAUCAAGUAAACUUGAGGGAACCUCUGGCAUUUUUGAGUCCUUCUUUUAAUGGUGAGGAAGAACCAAAUGCAGAAUCUUUAUCUAAGAACAAAUGGGAGCUUUUGAGUUAGAGCUCAGGGUUGUUAACUGGAGAUUCCCAAUACUUAUUGUUUGGGCACAAAUAGUUCUUUCAUGGCCCUUUUGAAUGGAUCAAAGCAAAACCUGGAGUUUUGAAUGGCUUCUUUUUUGUUAAGUCCUUUUAUCCUGAACAGUUACUAAUGAGUAUUCUAGGAAAUUCAUGCAUGCAGGAAGAAUUUCUUGUGCAUAAUAACUAGGGUAUAAACUUUAUAUUCACAUACCCAUGUAUGUUGUUUGUGUGUUUACACACACAUGAGAGUUUCUGAAAUUUUCUGAUCUCAAAUCAAACAUCAGGCUAGCAUUCUGCCCUUGAAAUGGCUAAAUCCACAUGUUAUCCAUGGAGGAUUAAGAAUUGGGUUUUCAAACCUGGUUGCACACCAUAGUCAACUAUGGAGCUUUGUAAUUGUUCUUUUUUAAAAAAUAAACUUUAAGACUAGAUUUAAUUUUACAGAAAAUUUGAUAGUACAGAAAGUUGCCAUAUACCCCACCCAUUAUUAACAACUAAUAUUCACAUAUUAGUUAGUUAGUGAACCCAUGAACCCACAUUGAAAUAUUAUCAACUAAAGUCCAUACUCUAUUCUGAUUUCCUUAGUUUUUACCUAAUGACCUUUAUCUGUUUCAGGAUCCCAUCCAGGAUACUACAUUUCAUUUAGCUCUCAUGCAUCCUUAGACUUCUCUGGGCUUGACAGCUUCUCAGACUUGCCUUGUUUUUGAUGCUUCUAAUGGUUUUGAAAAGUUAUAGUUAGAUAUUUUGUAGAAUGGACAUCAUCGCUAUUGCCCCCCAAUUGGGAUUUGUCUGAUGCUUUUCCCCUAAUUAGACUGAAGUUGUAGGUUUUGGAGAGGAAGAACACAGAGGUAAAGUGACAUUUUUCAUCCCAUCCUAUCAGGGUCAUGCUAUCAACAUGACUUGCUAAUGUUUAUGUUAACCUCGAUCACCUGGCUGAGAUAGUGUUUGGCUGGUAUCUUCACUGUAAAGUUACUCUUUCCCUUUUUUCCAUGUUUUACUCUUUGUGCAGCCCACACUUAACCUUGAGAGCAGAACAUCUACAUACUUUAUUUGAAAUUCUAUUUACAUGGAAGAUUUUUCUAUUCUAUUUAUUUAGUCAAUCAUUUCUUUGUGGCAGUAUCAAUUAUUUCACACUUUGAGUUAUAAUCCAAUACUACUUUAUUUUGUUGCUCAAAUUAUUUUGAGCUUGGUCAGCUUUGGCCAUUGGGAGCUCUUUCAGUUGGCUCCUGUGUCACUUUGACAUACUCCAUCAUUGUGUUUUGGAGUGGGGAUAUAUGCCUACAUUUUGGCACUAUACUGUGCUCCAGGCUUAUUUUAAAUACUUCCUGCCCCAGUCCAAGAAUCAUUUCUCCAAGGAUCCCUGGUUCUUUUGAUUGGAGAAUGCUAUUAGAAACCGAGAUCAGGGGCUAGAUCUGCUUGUUGCUACUGGGCUGUUGUUAUUUUUAGGACUUUUCAGCUGAAAGAACAAGGAUAUGUACACGUAUCUACAAAUAUCCCAUCUAGAUUCCUUUACACUGACAUGCUAUAUAGAUCAGUAUGUAAUUUAUACUGAUAAACUAUAGUAUAGUUUAUAAACUGAAAGCAGUUUUUAGUUUCUAUAGAGUCUUCAAUUCUAAUCCAUUUCCACAUGGCUCAUCCUAGCCUUCCAUCUUUGUUCGUCUGUAAGCUUUCACUCCAACAGUGAGAACAUCCUGUGAAGCUUGUUAAUAAACACACCUGGGCCUGGGCCUUAUGGCCUGAGGUUGAGGUAGAUGCCCACCUGGGAUUUUGGCAUCUGUAUUUUAAUAAGCUCUACACAGAUUGAACUCUCCCAAUAUAGGCUGUCACGAUGCCAUAUAUUUCUCCUUUGUACCUUUUGUCACCGUUUCCCUUUGGCAUCUUUUUAUAAUAUCUUUAUUUGACAUCCUUAUUUGAUUAAUAUCUGUCAACUCCCUCAAGACAAUAGGCUCUGUGUCAGUUUUGCUCAUCAUUCUGUCCUCAGAAAGGGUGCAUUGUAGGUAUUUAUUAAAUAUUUGUUGAAUGAAUGGGUGGAAUGACACACAGCAACACUGAGGAGGAAGAGAAAAAUGUGUGUGAUUUAUCGAACUCUUCCUACAUGCUAAACGGCUGUCUAGUUGCUUUCUAAAUAUUAUCCAGUUCAGGGAUUUGAAUCAGGUCCGGCUGACUUCAGAAUCCACACCCUUUCUCUUGUGGAGUUCCUGCUGGUAGGAAGCCUCUUGUCUUCUGCUUUGCAUGUCAUGGGCUCUCCUACUGGACUGGAUGGAGCUGUGUGGGUGGCCAAGGAGGAGGUCAGAGGGGGAGAAAUGGCAGCACCCAUUCAGAGUGUCACCCAGGCCUCAUUAGGAAAUUGACUCCCAUUUGGUUUGGGAAGGGGGGUGUUUUUUCCUGUCUUUUCAUGCUCACAAUGAAGGUGACAUUGAUUUACAAGUCAGUGCCUUGGAGCAGGGAAGGGAGGCUUCUAUGGGGGGAAAAGAUCAAUUAAAUGAUUAUCCCAGCUGCCACACACUAAUGCCUUUCUUACUGAGUUUCAAAAUCAGGAAGCAGAAGGUUACCACAUUUAGCCUUUUACAGGAAAUCUAAUUGCCAACCUUGUGGUGCCAAGGUUUAUUAGAUUGGGAAGAGUUGCUCUUAGUGGCUGGCAGUUUCUGGCAUGACAGAAAGCUUUCCACUGGCCACCUGGAAUUGUAAAUGACUGCCUCCUCUUCCUUUUUGCGUGCUUUUGCUAAAGUUUUAUGCAGAUAGCCUUUUGUGAUUUUUAUCUUCUUGUGAUUUUUAUCUGGAUUCUAGGGGGAUGGGACUUAAGCUUGGUGAGCAGUCAAAAAAAAUAUUUAUUCAAUUCCUACUAUGUGCUAUGCCCUGGUCUAGUGGCUGAGAACUGCAGUGGUGAGCAAAACAGAUUCGCGUUGUCUUUAGAAUCCUUUGCCUGGAAUGGUCUUCCUAUGGCUUAGUGGUUCCCAGACUGUAGUAUGCAUGAGGACCACCAGAAUGCUUGUUCAAACCCAGUCUGCUGAUUAGUUUUUCCAUCGCCUUUCCAUGGUCCUGUCCACAUUGAAAAAAGGCAAUCUCGAGAGCAGACCAGAAUUCAGUCCAGCAAGCAACUCUUGCACAAAUUGCACAGCUAAGCUGCCACCCCCCACAAUUUCUGAUUCAGUAGGCCUGGAGUGGGGCCUGAUAAUCUGCAUUUAUGAUGAGUUCCCAGGCCAUGCUAAUGCUGCUGGUCUGGGAGAACCACUCCCUGAGCCUUUGCAUGGUUGCUCUCUUCUUAUCAGUUGGGUCUCUGAUCAAAUAUUACCUGCUUAGCGAGGCCAUUCUUGAUUUCCCAACCACAUUGUCCCUCCACUCCUGGCCAUUCACUCUCUAAUGCAUCUUCAUAGCAUUUAUUAUUCUCUAAUAUUAGUUUGCUUAUUUUUUAUUACCAUUUUGUCUCUCUCUCCUACCUCUCAUCCUCAAUAGAAUAAAGCCUCAUAAGAGCACUUCCUUAGACACUGUUGAAUCCUCUGAGAUUAUCAGAGUACCAGAGUAUGUGCUCAAUAAAUACCUGAAUGAAUUAAAUAAUUACAAGAGUAAUGAGUCAUAUGAAGGAAAGACCUAAGAUGCCUUGGUAGUGUAACAGGUAGACCUAAGGUGGAGCAAAGAUAUUGCAUUUCAUCCUACUUGGAGCAGUUUCUAGAUGUGGCCUUAACACCUGAUUUAAACACUGCAUACCAGAGUUUUGUCUCCAAGGUUACAGGCUGUGGGAUUUGUCUGCGAUCAUAGCAGGCCACUCUGGAUUUGUUUAGUUUUUCCAUCGCCUUUCUAUAGUCCUGUCCACAAUGAGAAAAGGCAAUCUUAAGAGGAGACCAGAAUUCAGUCCAGCAAGCAACUCUUGCACAAAUUGCAUCAUGAAGUUGCCAGGCCCCUAUCUCUGAGCUUGGCAGGAGGCAAGGGCUGAAAUGUACUUCUUCUAAUAACCUUCCACCUGAAGCCUAUACUCAUUCCCUUGUUGGAAUCUGGAAUCCGGCACCCAUGCCAAUGUCUCGGUAGCCUUUUCAUAACCUCUACAAAGUUGAAUGAAGGCUCAAACUCUUCUUUGCAGGAGGGAGACCUUUCGAUGAAACAUGUAGAUUCCUCCCCUGCACUGGCCUUUUAGAGAAAUGUAAGGGCAGGCACUGUUGUUUUUUUUUUCAACAGAGUCAAGCAAAAGAUGAGGCACAUGGAGACACCAUGCGACUAAAAGCUCUGAGGAUGAUUGUCAAAACCCCACUGGAGGAGUUGGAAAGCAUAUCUACACAGACUGGGCCAAUCAUUACCUAGCCAAAUCCGGCCACAAGCGUCUUAUCAAGGAUCUCCAGCAAGAUGUGACAGAUGGCGUCCUCCUGGCCCAGAUUAUCCAGGUUGUGGCAAAUGAAAAGAUUGAAGACAUCAAUGGCUGUCCGAAGAACAGAUCCCAAAUGAUUGAAAACAUAGAUGCCUGCUUGAAUUUCCUGGCAGCUAAGGGAAUAAACAUCCAGGGGCUGUCUGCAGAAGAGAUCAGGAAUGGAAACCUCAAGGCCAUUCUAGGCCUCUUCUUCAGCCUCUCCCGAUUCAAGCAGCAGCAGCAGCAGCCCCAGAAGCAGCACCUCUCCUCACCUCUGCCGCCCGCCGUAUCCCAGGUGGCCGGGGCCCCCUCCCAGUGCCAGGCUGGCACCCCUCAGCAGCAGGUGCCAGUCACUCCCCAAGCCCCGUGCCAGCCUCACCAGCCAGCGCCACAUCAGCAGUCAAAAGCACAAGCUGAAAUGCAGUCCAGACUUCCAGGUCCUACCGCGAGGGUAUCCGCUGCAGGCAGCGAGGCCAAAACACGCGGAGGGUCAACUACUGCUAACAACCGACGCAGCCAGAGCUUUAACAACUAUGAUAAAUCCAAACCAGUCACCUCCCCACCCCCACCGCCAAGCAGCCACGAGAAAGAGCCUUUGGCAAGUUCAGCCUCCUCCCACCCCGGAAUGAGUGACAAUGCACCUGCUUCCUUGGAGAGCGGCAGCAGCUCCACCCCUACUAAUUGCAGUACCUCCUCGGCCAUCCCGCAGCCCGGUGCGGCCACCAAGCCUUGGCGCAGCAAAUCCCUCAGCGUGAAGCACAGUGCCACGGUAUCCAUGCUCUCGGUCAAGCCUCCUGGGCCUGAGGCCCCCAGGCCCACACCUGAAGCCAUGAAGCCGGCCCCCAACAAUCAGAAGUCCAUGCUGGAAAAGCUGAAACUUUUCAACAGUAAAGGGGGCUCAAAGGCAGGUGAGGGCCCGGGGUCCCGGGACACAAGCUGUGAGCGGCUGGAGACUCUGCCCAGCUUUGAAGAGAGCGAGGAGCUGGAGGCCGCCAGUCGCAUGCUCACCACUGUGGGCCCUGCUUCCAGCAGCCCCAAGAUUGCACUCAAGGGCAUUGCCCAGAGGACUUUUAGCCGGGCACUGACCAACAAGAAGAGUUCUCUGAAAGGCAAUGAGAAAGAGAAGGAGAAACAACAGCGGGAGAAGGAUAAGGAGAAAAGCAAGGACCUUGCCAAGAGAGCCUCUGUGACGGAGAGGCUGGACCUCAAGGAGGAGCCAAAAGAAGACCCCAGUGGAGCAGCUGUGCCCGAGAUGCCAAAAAAGUCCUCCAAGAUCGCCAGCUUCAUCCCCAAAGGGGGGAAGCUCAACAGUGCCAAGAAGGAGCCCAUGGCCCCUUCCCACAGUGGAAUACCAAAACCAGGAAUGAAGAGCAUGCCCGGGAAAUCCCCAAGUGCCCCAGCGCCUUCCAAGGAAGGGGAGCGGAGCCGGAGUGGGAAGCUGAGCUCAGGACUCCCCCAGCAGAAGCCCCAGCUGGACGGCAGACACUCCAGUUCCUCUUCCAGCCUGGCGUCCUCAGAAGGAAAAGGCCCAGGAGGGACCACCCUGAACCACAGCAUCAGCAGCCAGACUGUCAGUGGGUCCGUCGGGACCACCCAGACCACAGGAAGCAAUACCGUCAGUGUUCAGCUACCUCAGCCCCAGCAGCAAUACAACCAUCCCAACACUGCCACGGUUGCACCUUUCCUGUACAGGUCUCAGACGGACACUGAAGGGAAUGUUACUGCCGAGUCAAGCUCAACGGGUGUGAGCAUGGAGCCCAGCCACUUCACCAAGACUGGACAGCCUGCUCUGGAAGAACUCACUGGGGAAGAUCCUGAGGCUCGGCGGCUGCGGACAGUGAAGAACAUCGCUGAUCUGCGGCAGAAUUUGGAGGAAACCAUGUCCAGUUUAAGGGGAACUCAGGUUACACACAGCACAUUGGAAACCACGUUUGACACCAAUGUCACCACGGAGAUGAGUGGCCGUAGCAUACUCAGCUUGACAGGGAGGCCCACGCCUCUGUCCUGGAGACUGGGCCAGUCCAGCCCUCGGCUCCAAGCAGGAGACGCCCCCUCAAUGGGCAAUGGGUACCCCCCUCGAGCCAACGCCAGCCGGUUCAUCAACACUGAGUCAGGUCGCUAUGUGUACUCCGCCCCUCUGAGAAGGCAGCUGGCCUCCCGGGGCAGUAGUGUCUGCCAUGUGGACGUCUCAGACAAGGCAGGAGAUGAGAUGGACCUGGAAGGCAUCAGCUUGGACGCCCCCGGCUACAUGAGCGAUGGGGAUGUUCUGAGCAAGAACAUCCGGACCGAUGACAUUACAAGCGGAUACAUGACUGAUGGUGGACUUGGCCUCUAUACCCGUCGCCUGAACCGGCUCCCUGAUGGGAUGGCUGUGGUACGGGAGACCCUGCAACGAAAUACCUCCCUGGGCCUCGGAGACGCUGACAGCUGGGACGACAGCAGCUCCGUCAGCAGCGGCAUCAGCGACACCAUAGACAACCUCAGCACUGAUGACAUCAACACCAGCUCCUCCAUCAGCUCUUAUGCCAACACACCUGCCUCCUCUCGAAAAAACCUGGAUGUGCAGACUGAUGCUGAGAAGCACUCACAGGUGGAGAGGAAUUCCCUGUGGUCUGGUGAUGAUGUCAAGAAAUCAGACGGAGGCUCAGACAGCGGCAUAAAAAUGGAGCCAGGUUCCAAGUGGAGGCGGAAUCCUUCUGAUGUGUCUGACGAGUCCGACAAAAGCACGUCGGGCAAGAAGAAUCCUGUCAUCUCCCAGACAGGCUCAUGGCGGCGAGGCAUGACAGCUCAGGUGGGCAUCACCAUGCCAAGGACGAAGCCUUCAGCCCCGGCAGGCGCACUGAAGACCCCAGGAACUGGAAAAACAGACGACGCAAAGGUGUCUGAGAAAGGAAGGCUUUCUCCUAAAGCCUCCCAGGUGAAGCGCUCCCCAUCAGAUGCAGGCCGGAGCAGUGGUGACGAAUCCAAAAAGCCCCUCCCCAGCAGCUCGAGGACACCCACUGCCAAUGCCAACAGCUUUGGGUUCAAGAAGCAGAGUGGUUCCGCCGCCGGCCUGGCCAUGAUCACAGCCAGCGGGGUGACGGUCACCAGCAGGUCAGCCACACUGGGCAAAAUCCCAAAGUCAUCUGCACUCGUCAGUCGGUCUGCUGGUCGGAAGUCAAGUAUGGAUGGGGCUCAGAAUCAGGAUGACGGGUAUCUAGCCCUAAGCUCCCGGACAAACCUUCAGUACCGGAGUUUGCCGAGGCCCAGUAAGUCCAACAGCCGGAACGGGGCUGGGAACAGGUCUAGCACCAGCAGCAUAGAUUCCAACAUUAGCAGCAAGUCCGCAGGCCUGCCAGUGCCCAAACUGAGGGAGCCUUCCAAAACAGCCCUAGGCAGCUCUCUACCAGGUCUGGUCAACCAAACAGAUAAGGAGAAAGGCAUCUCAUCAGACAACGAGAGUGUGGCUUCCUGUAACUCGGUGAAAGUGAAUCCGGCAGCCCAGCCUGUGUCCAGUCCGGCUCAGACCAGUCUCCAGCCUGGAGCCAAGUACCCAGAUGUGGCCUCUCCCACACUCCGCAGACUCUUUGGUGGGAAGCCUACCAAGCAAGUGCCCAUCGCCACAGCUGAAAACAUGAAAAAUUCGGUGGUCAUCUCCAAUCCUCAUGCCACCAUGACUCAGCAAGGUAACCUAGACUCCCCGUCAGGCAGUGGCGUCCUGAGCAGUGGGAGCAGCAGUCCUCUCUACAGCAAGAAUGUGGACCUCAACCAGUCUCCGCUAGCCUCCAGCCCCAGCUCAGCCCACUCGGCCCCUUCCAACAGCCUCACCUGGGGCACCAACGCCAGCAGCUCCUCCGCAGUUAGCAAGGAUGGCCUGGGCUUUCAGUCUAUCAGCAGCCUCCACACCAGCUGUGAGUCCAUCGACAUCUCCCUCAGCAGUGGAGGGGUCCCCAGCCACAAUUCUUCCACUGGCCUCAUCGCCUCCUCCAAGGACGACUCCUUGACUCCCUUUGUCAGAACUAACAGUGUGAAGACCACACUGUCAGAAAGCCCUCUCUCUUCCCCUGCUGCUAGCCCUAAGUUCUGCAGAAGUACUCUGCCCAGGAAACAGGACAGUGACCCGCACCUUGAUAGGAACACUUUGCCUAAGAAAGGACUCAGGUAUACUCCCACCUCCCAGCUUCGCACGCAAGAAGAUGCAAAAGAAUGGUUACGGUCCCAUUCUGCAGGAGGCCUGCAGGACACCGCUGCCAAUUCCCCCUUUUCCUCUGGCUCCAGCGUGACUUCUCCCUCCGGAACAAGAUUCAACUUUUCCCAGCUUGCGAGUCCCACCACUGUCACCCAGAUGAGCUUGUCCAACCCGACCAUGCUGAGGACCCACAGCCUCUCCAAUGCUGAUGGGCAGUAUGAUCCAUACACUGACAGCCGCUUCCGGAAUAGCUCCAUGUCCCUGGAUGAGAAAAGCAGAACCAUGAGCCGUUCAGGCUCAUUCCGGGAUGGGUUUGAAGAAGUUCAUGGAUCCUCACUCUCCUUGGUUUCCAGCACAUCGUCAAUUUAUUCUACACCAGAAGAAAAAUGCCAGUCAGAGAUUCGCAAGCUGCGGCGGGAACUGGAUGCCUCCCAGGAGAAAGUUUCAGCUUUGACCACCCAGCUGACAGCAAAUGCUCACCUUGUGGCAGCCUUUGAACAGAGUCUUGGUAACAUGACAAUCAGGCUCCAGAGUCUGACCAUGACAGCUGAGCAGAAGGAUUCAGAACUGAAUGAGUUAAGAAAAACCAUUGAGCUGCUAAAGAAACAGAACGCAGCUGCCCAGGCUGCCAUUAAUGGAGUAAUUAACACACCUGAGCUCAACUGCAAAGGAAACGGCACUGCCCAGUCUGCAGACCUCCGCAUCCGCAGGCAGCACUCCUCAGACAGCGUCUCCAGCAUCAACAGUGCCACCAGCCACUCCAGCGUGGGCAGCAACAUAGAGAGUGACUCAAAGAAGAAGAAGAGGAAGAACUGGUUACGCAGCUCCUUCAAGCAAGCUUUCGGGAAGAAGAAGUCCCCAAAAUCUGCGUCCUCUCAUUCAGACAUUGAGGAGAUGACGGAUUCUUCUUUGCCUUCCUCACCAAAGUUACCACACAAUGGGUCCACAGGUUCCACCCCACUGCUGAGGAAUUCUCACUCCAACUCUCUAAUUUCAGAAUGCAUGGAUAGUGAAGCUGAGACCGUCAUGCAGCUCCGAAAUGAGUUAAGAGACAAGGAGAUGAAGCUGACGGAUAUCCGCUUAGAAGCUCUCAGUUCUGCCCACCAGCUGGACCAGCUCCGGGAGGCCAUGAACAGGAUGCAGAGUGAAAUAGAGAAGCUGAAAGCUGAGAAUGAUCGGCUGAAGUCAGAGUCUCAAGGCAGUGGCUGCAGCCGGGCUCCUUCCCAAGUGUCCAUCUCUGCCUCCCCGAGGCAGUCCAUGGGCCUCUCCCAGCACAGCUUGAACCUCACUGAGUCAACCAGCCUGGACAUGUUGCUGGAUGACACUGGUGAAUGCUCGGCUCGGAAGGAAGGAGGCAGGCAUGUUAAGAUAGUUGUCAGCUUUCAGGAGGAAAUGAAGUGGAAGGAGGAUUCCAGACCACACCUCUUUCUUAUUGGCUGCAUUGGAGUUAGUGGCAAGACGAAGUGGGAUGUGCUCGAUGGGGUGGUUAGACGGCUGUUCAAAGAAUACAUCAUUCAUGUCGACCCAGUGAGUCAGCUAGGGCUGAAUUCAGACAGCGUUCUUGGCUACAGCAUUGGAGAAAUCAAGCGCAGCAACACUUCCGAAACACCGGAGCUGCUUCCUUGUGGCUAUCUGGUUGGAGAGAACACGACCAUCUCAGUGACUGUGAAAGGGCUCGCAGAAAACAGCCUGGACUCACUGGUGUUUGAGUCCUUGAUUCCCAAGCCCAUCCUGCAGCGCUACGUCUCCCUCCUGAUAGAGCACCGUCGGAUCAUUCUCUCUGGCCCCAGCGGCACUGGGAAAACCUACCUGGCCAACCGGCUGUCUGAGUAUAUAGUGCUUCGAGAGGGACGGGAGUUGACAGAUGGGGUUAUCGCCACCUUUAACGUGGACCAUAAGUCCAGCAAGGAAUUGCGCCAGUACCUGUCCAACCUUGCUGACCAGUGCAACAGUGAGAACAAUGCUGUGGACAUGCCCCUCGUCAUCAUCCUGGACAACCUACACCACGUGAGCUCUCUGGGCGAGAUCUUCAAUGGGCUGCUCAACUGCAAGUACCACAAAUGCCCUUACAUAAUUGGCACAAUGAACCAGGCUACCUCUUCGACUCCCAACCUGCAGCUUCACCAUAACUUCAGAUGGGUGCUUUGUGCCAACCACACGGAGCCUGUGAAGGGUUUCCUUGGCCGAUUCCUGAGGAGGAAGCUCAUGGAAACAGAGAUCAGUGGGCGGGUGCGCAAUAUGGAGCUGGUAAAAAUCAUUGACUGGAUUCCCAAGGUCUGGCAUCACCUCAACCGCUUCCUGGAGGCUCACAGUUCCUCGGACGUCACCAUCGGCCCCCGGCUCUUCCUGUCAUGCCCCAUCGAUGUGGACGGCUCAAGAGUGUGGUUCACCGACUUGUGGAACUAUUCCAUUAUCCCCUAUCUCCUGGAAGCUGUCAGAGAAGGACUCCAGCUCUAUGGAAGGCGCGCCCCCUGGGAGGAUCCUGCCAAGUGGGUGAUGGACACAUAUCCAUGGGCAGCCAGCCCACAACAGCACGAGUGGCCUCCCCUGCUGCAGUUACGGCCUGAGGAUGUCGGCUUCGACGGCUACUCCAUGCCUCGAGAGGGAUCGACAAGCAAGCAGAUGCCCCCCAGUGAUGCUGAAGGUGACCCGCUGAUGAACAUGCUGAUGAGGCUGCAGGAGGCAGCCAACUACUCCAGCCCCCAGAGCUAUGACAGCGACUCCAACAGCAACAGCCAUCACGAUGACAUCUUGGACUCCUCUUUGGAGUCCACUCUGUGACAGGGGCCCGGAGCCCAGCGCCCUCCUCUUCUCCUCACCGCAUUCCACCUGCAUCCCCCACAUCACCCUGAAGAUGACUUCCUGAGCCAGCCCCCAGCCACAGCCUUAGAGCUGCGGGAACACCGAGACCCCUCGUCCUUCAGCCUCGACCUGGGUGCAGGCAUCCCGGGCCAGCUGCCUGCGGACCGCUUCCUUCCACAGCGAGAACUACACUACCUUCUGUUGUACUUUAAUUAUUGUUUUGCCUUGUUGCUGUGACCUCCCUAAGACACUGAAGAUACUUCUCGGGAAAGGAUCAUCGCCGUUGAAAUGAAAAGAGAGACAGAGAGAAAAAAAAAAAGAGAACCCACAUGAAGCUCUGAAACCAAACAGCAUCCUGCCAUGAGCUUCCCAGAGACAGAAGAGACUGGAGCAAAGUCGGAAACACAGAGAAGCACGGCUUCCCCUCAGCACAGACCCUCCAGACUGGGUCUCAGAGCCAUGCCACCCACCCUCCCACACAGCCGGCCACAGGGAGAACUGGUGCUAACCAGGGUGCUUGCUUUGGUCACGUUCAACGCACUACAGAGCUACGACACAGGGAAACCUUAGGAGCAAAUAAACCGUGCUUUCAUGUUUCUUAAAUGGUGCUUUCCUUACCCGAGAGGUAUUUUGCCUGUUCCAAUCGAACCACCCCAUUCAGGUCCAUCAGCCUCUGAUUAAUAUCCUUGAGAGUGAGUGACGGAGUGAGAGUGUGAGUGAGUGGAUGUGGCUGUCAGUGCAGAACAGCAUGUGUCUCUUUCCUUCUGAUAUAUGAAUGAAUCAGGUUUUUUUUUUUUCUGCAAACACUGUGUAUAGUGAGACUUGUUCUACUUUGGAGAACAGAUUACCUUUUGAAAAUGAGGUUGAGUUUCUUCCUUUCUGAUGCAUUGAUUUUUGAAGAUUUUUUUUCCCCCUUCCCCUCUUGGUCAGAAUCAAUCCUUUGGUGAAAGUAAGAACCGCAGGAGUUGAGUUUUGGUUUGGUCCUGCUCAGUUUUGGUUUUUAGUUGUCCAUCCUCACAGUCCUACACACUCGCCUCCUCCUGCUAGGGCUGGGGGUAUCUGUGUCCUUUAAAAUGGACGAGGACCUGGUCCUCGACAUGUGGGUGAGCCAUGGACCUUGCCUUCCCUUCUCGUCCUCGAGGGUUUAGAACACACACCAACACCUCCAGCGUGCCCGCCCCAGCUUCCGGUGGGGUGAUGCGGUCACCCUGCAAAAGACUUGCACUUUCCUCAGAACCAACAUGACGCAGCUCAAUAAGGGUGAGGGUCACUCCCUCCCAGAAGCCCCGUCUGGACGAGCCUUGCCUGACCUCUUCGGUGCUGACCUUCCCAAAGUGAUGCCUUACUGGUUUUGUACUAACUGUGUUCAUUUUACAUAAGUGUCGUGCCUGCCUGGGGUUUGUUUUUUUGUCAUUGUUUUCCCCAUUGAAACAAACAGGGCUAAAAAGUCAUCUAUUCAUUAGGAGAACUCAAGUUGCUGUGACUUUUCUCAUCCAAAAGACUCAUUUGUGUGGAUGCGUGACCAUGGGAAAAAGAAAAAAAAAAAAGAUCCAUUUUUUAGGUUCUUAUCAGUCUCCAGCUGACAACCCAACUGGACAAUGAUCUGUCUGGUGCAGGAGAAGGCAAAAGUUUCUACAAGUCUACAUGACCUUGCUGAUACUUGUUCUAAUAGAAACCCAGUCUGCUGUGUCUUCAACAUACUGGUAUUUUCAUUACAAAGUAUGGUAAAUUUUUGAGUUUUUUGUUUCUGUUUUGUAAAGAGAAUCCUUAUUGGACACCAGUGAAGGUGUCUCUGUUUUAAUGAUCGGGGUUUUUAUUCCAUCUUUUGCAUUUCUUCUAUUUCUGAAGGUUUGUCUCUUGGCAUCUUUUUUUAGUUUCUUACCAUAAGAGUUUGACCCGAAACUGCUCACUUCACAUUGGAUGACACCAUGUUCUUCCUCUUUGAAAAGAAAAGGGGAAUGUGUCCCACUAGUGAAAGGAAAACUUUUCAACACUAUCCCUGCUUUAAUCUCAGCAAACUCAGACUAUUCUGCUUAGCCUUCAUUAGUCAUCUGGGUGUGAGUGUGUCUUGUUCUGUUUUUCUUUUUAAUAAAACUUUUAAACCAUAUAUUUAGCCUGUGACCAGGGGGGCCAAACCCUAAGAUUUCUGGUAAACCUGAAGGGUGGCCCUCCUCAGACAAUUUAUCUCCCAGCAAUGACCCUACUACACUCGCGUACUGUGAAUUUGGGAGGAGGUAAAGUUGACUUCUCCUCGUGGGCAGUUUUCCAAUCACCUUGUGAGUAGACACCUGCCAAUAUUGUUUGAAACCUUGUUUUAAUGUGAGAUCCUCUCUUGUCAUUCUCUUCUCCCCUUUCCCACAGACUUCCCUCCCACUGGGUCCAGGUUCAGAACCAAGACUUCUGUACCUAGUGCUGCCUGAUUGGUGAACAUUGACUUCAAGUAGCAUAGCCCUUGUGUGACUCACAACUCCGUGUCCUUCCUAAAGUUUCAGGAAGCAGGGUUGUCUAAUAUGCACAUUUCUUAUUUUGGUCAUAUUUUUACUUUAGUGUCACUCACCUUUUACAAAGUGACUUUGUACUCAUUUAGGGCUCUAUCGGAAAUGCUUCCAUUUUGCCUUUUCUACAGUUAGGCCAAUUUUGAAAUAUAUAAAUUCUAUGCAACAUUUAUGUUGAGUUACCAAUGGAAGCCAAAAGUUCUCUUCCCAAACUGCCAAGAAUGAUACAGGCCAUAAUUGAAAUGGGAAUACCUUUUAAGUUUCAUUAGGGGUGGGGUGGGAGUGGGACAGGAACAAGACUUGCCUAGAUCUUUGUUGUAUCUUGGGGACUUUUACUUUGUUGUUUGAUGCUUAAACUUCAAGAUUCUCUGUAUUCAAAUUUGAUUGUGGCGAAUCUCCUUCAAAAAGGAAAAAUAAUCCAACUUUGUGGAUAUUAAAUGGAAGGUUUGCUGUUUUGAUCUAGUUGUUUCCAGUGGAGCAGUUUAUGAAAUAUGUUCUAUAAGAUGUACAUUUUUUCAUUGUAACAUAGAAAUUGUAAAUAAUUGAUUAAAGUGCUGCAUUUUGAUGAAUUUUUUCUAGCCAUUUUUAAAGAGAAAACUAGGAAUUGAGUAUUUUGUGUACGGUAUGUUUCCAUCCUCCCUUCCCUUCCUCCUCCCCUCCUCUCUCUCUCUUCCUACCUAUUUAAUUUUCAUUUGUCAUGAGGUUUUUGGAUUUGCCAAUGAUCUGCUGGACAUCAUGCCCCAUGUCAUAGAGAAUAAAGCUGAUGAUUGUACCAGUCUUAAAUUAUUCAUGAUUCAAUAAAAUUGAUGCUUAUUUAUUCA